AGAUAUGGCCGACCUCUAUUUCUCAUUCCCGAAAACAUGUGCUGAAUAUAUCGCGAAGGAAACUGAAUACCGUCGCUUCGAAAGAGUUCCAAUCUACCCAAGUACAGUGAACGAUAGAAGUAUCAUGAUGAUGGCUAAUUGCACCAAGCUACCUGUACUUAUUAAUCCAAGGAGUUCUCCCGCGUUGGAAGUUCCCAUCAAUAGCCUACUAGGAAGAACAUUGAUUUUGAAAGCUACACCUACAGCUGGGAGUAAUAGAUUCUCGGUGAAUUUCAAAACCUCCUUGGAUUUGCCUCGUCAUUAUUUUCACCUAGUUGCAGAUAUGACAGGACGUUAUAUCGCACGAAAUGAUUAUGUUACGAAAUGGAAUACAGAAGAAAAAGAUCUCAGCAUACCAUUUCCUUUCAAAAUCGGAGAACGCUUUACGAUGCUGAUUACCACCGACGAGAAUGGAUUUAAUGUGGAGCUGAAUGGAAAUAAAUUGCUCUCCUUCAAACACAGGCAACGUCCUUACAGUGGAAUUGGUCUUGUUGUUAUUGGGGGUUUAUCUGUUCAAUAUAUGUCAUUCAACUAAGAUAUGUCUAAGCUUCAUUUCUAUUGGAGACAUUUUGUCACUGCUUAUUUUUGGGUGAAAGUAAACACCUUUGAAAUUUUCAAUAUAUGUAGAAUAUACAUGAAUAUUGCAUAAGAGUGGAAGUGUAAUUCCCAUUCCAUGUAUAAUCGUUUAUUUUGCAUUGUGUUUAAAUUCUGUUAUCGAUUCUCGAUUUCACAUCAUUUACAUUCGGUAUUAAAUGUUAGACACAAACUUGAAAUAAUUUUUCACUCACAAUUUCAAUAAAUACGUUUUUUUUUAUUAUUGACGAACGCGUUUUCAUUAAUAUUGGAGUGUAUUUUUAAACUAUUCCGAGUCGAGGACACAAUUUAAAUUUCCUGAGAGACGAAACUCAAGCCUUCAAAUAGAGGUAUUUGAAGUCAAAUUUCGGACGGAAAUUAAAAGAGGAUGAAUGAGCAGUUACCAAAAUCUACUUUUCGUGGAUUUGACCUGGAUUCGAAAUUUCUUUCAAUCAGGAGUACGGAGUCGUUUUUAGGACCGAGAAACUUUCAAGUUUAAUAAAA